CGAAAAGUAUAUUUUCAAAACCCUUCGAGGGUAUUGUCUUCAGCCGAUAGAUCAUAUUUCACCGGCGCUAAACGAACUCGUUUUCUCUUUACAGAAUUUGUUUUCACAUUAGCCUAAUAUUUUUGUCUUGAUUUAAGCAGAGCAUGGCUCUUUUGGAAGUAAGUGGAUACUUGUCCCAUUCCGGAUUCGGCAAACAGCACGUUGGUUCAAGGCAAACGCAGCUUGUGGGCCCAACGAAUCACUACAUUUUUGGGACGAAAUCUCAAGAAUUUGCUGUACCUGUUGGGAAUGAUCCCUCAGCCUUUUUGAAAUCAUGCAGUCAUGAGGACGGCAUAUCAAUAGACAUGAACCAUGGCACCACAACACUAGCCUUUAAGUUCCGUCAUGGUGUCAUUGUGGCAGUUGACUCCAGGGCUUCAUCUGGUAGCUAUAUUGCAUCAAAGGAGGCAAAUAAGGUGAUUGAAAUCAACCCUUACCUGCUAGGUACCAUGUCUGGCAGUGCGGCAGACUGUCAGUACUGGGAAAGACUUCUGGCUAAAGAGUGCAGGCUUUACAAACUACGUAAUAAGCAGAGGAUCUCAGUGUCUGCGGCUUCAAAGUUGCUGUCCAACAUGAUGUUAGGUUAUAAAGGCAUGGGACUCUCCAUGGGUAGCAUGAUCUGUGGCUGGGACAAGAAGGGUCCAGGUUUGUAUUAUGUUGAUGACAAUGGCACCCGACUCUCGGGGCGAAUGUUUUCCACGGGCUGUGGGAACAGUUAUGCAUAUGGAGUGGUGGAUAGUGGCUACUAUGAGGAAAUGACAGUUGAAGAGGCCUAUGAGCUGGGCCGCCGUGGUAUUGCACAUGCUACUCACAGGGAUGCAUACUCUGGUGGAGUCGUCAACCUCUAUCACAUGAAGGAGGAUGGCUGGAUUAAGGUCUGCAAGGAGGAUGUAUCAGAACUAAUCCAUCAUUACAGGAAAGGGAUGUUCUGAUCAAAGAUCUGUCCUUUUAUUUACACAAAAACCGCUCUGCUACUGUACUUAAUUCUAUCUGAAACAAUUCAAAAUAAAGAUGAUUUUAACCUAAUUACCAAAUUGUUUAAAGGGCUUUGUAACUUACUUCUUAUAAGUGAUCCAACUCCAGCUGUCUUGGUAAACGGAUUUGUUGAUAUUGCAUAGAAAUCUUAACAGUAAAGUCCAAAAAUGCUAAAAGUGUUAAAAUUCAGUUGUAGUGUUAGAUAGCAAUAUCCUUUACAUUAUUCAGAUAUUCAGUAGUUUAAAUUGCAGCUGUAAUGUGUGAUCAAUAUGAUUUAUCUUGUUGUCAUCAUAGUUUGAACGCAGGAUUGUAUGUCUGGAUUUGAUAAUAAAAGGUAAAGAUACA